UGACUCCGGACUCCUUAAGGAACACCUGUCGUCCCGGCAUCCUUUGCGUGUCCAAUAUGGAGGAACUGGCGGUGGAGGUCCGUGGCUCCAACGGCGCUUAUUAUAAGGGCUUUAUCAAAGAUAUCCACGAUGACUCUCUCACCAUUGCCUUUGAGAACAAUUGGCAGCCAGAACGCCAGGUGCCCUUCAGUGAUGUCAGAUUACCACCACCUGCUGAUGCUAAAAAGGACAUUGGAGAGGGCGAGGAGGUGGAGAUAUUUUCCAGAGCUAAUGAACAGGAGCCUUGUGGAUGGUGGUUAGCUAAAGUCCGCAUGAUGAAAGGAGAUUUCUAUGUGAUUGAGUACGCAGCCUGUGAUGCCACUUACAAUGAAAUAGUAACCUUUGAGCGUCUGCGACCAGUCAACACCAACAAGGCUGUUACCAAGAACACCUUUCACAAAUGCACUGUCCCUGUUCCUCAGGAGCUACAGGAAGCGUGUCAGAAUGAGAAUGCACAUAAAGAAUUCAAGAAGGCUGUGGGAGCCUGCCGCAUCUCAUACUGCCCAGAGACCAGCGAACUAGUGAUUGUGUCCACCAAUGACACAACAGUGAAGCGUGUGUCUUUGCUGAGUGACAUGCACCUGCGCAGCCUCAAAACCAAGCUGAUGUUAAUGUCACGCAACCAGGAGGCCACUAAACAUCUGGAGACCUCCAGACAACUGGUCUCCUCCUUCCAACAAGAGUUUACAGUUAGACUAGAUCUGAUGGGCCUGGCCAUCGGCAGCCAUGGUAGCAACAUCCAACAAGCACGCAGAGUUCCAGGUGUCACCGCCAUUGAAUUGGACGAGGAGACGGGAACUUUCAGGAUUUAUGGAGAGACAGAGGAGGCGGUAAAGAAGGCCAGGAACUACUUGGAAUUUGUGGAAGAUUCUGUCCAGGUGCCAAGGAACCUCGUUGGCAAAGUCAUUGGUAAGAAUGGUAAGGUCAUCCAGGAAAUUGUGGACAAGUCUGGUGUGGUGAGAGUCAAAAUAGAAGGAGACAAUGACAACAAACAGCCCAGACAAGAGACGCAGGGAAUGGUCCCAUUCACCUUUGUCGGUACUAAGGAGAGCAUUGGCAACGUUCAGGUCUUGUUGGAGUACCACAUUUCUUACCUGAAUGAGGUGGAGCAGCUUCGUCUCGAGCGGCUGCAAAUUGAUGAACAGCUGCGGCAGAUCACCCAGGGUCACCGACCAGUUGACAGGGAGCGUGGAGAUAGGGGAGAGAGAGGAGCAUACAAUACAGACAACGGCGCCAAUGCCACCUCUUCUUCCAGUGGUGGAAGUCGCUCCUACAAUGGUCGAGGUCGUGGGCGCAGAGGCUAUAACUACAAUACUGGAUAUGGCACCAACUCAGAGCAGUCAAACGCCUCUGAGACUGAUUCAGAGCGUAAAGAGGAGCUCAGCGAUUGGUCCCUGGCUGGAGAGGACCAGGAUGGGAAAAAAGAGAGGGGACCUACACCACAAAGAGAUAGUCGCAGAAGACCAGGACCCGGCAGAGGGCGAGGAGGACCUGGAAGGGGUCGAGGAGGAAGAGGAUACAGCAACAGUUAUGCCCCUCGGGAUCAUGAGAACUACCACUCUUAUGGAACUUUAGAGGCAAACACUGAGACAGACCAGACAGCUGAUACAGAUGCUAGUGAGUCCAACUUGCCAGCCAACCGCCGCCGAAGGUCACGAAGACGCAGAACGGAUGAGGAUGCUACACUGAUAGAUGGCAUGAGCGAGUCUGACAACGCCUCAGUGAGCGAAAAUGGGAUAGAGCACUCUGAAGUAAAACCUCAGCGCCGCAAUCGUAGCCGGCGUCGUCGAAACCGCCUGCCAGAGGAGAGGCAGCCAGUGAGUGUGGCUGACUACAUGUCCAGGGCUGAAUCUCAGAGCAGACAGAUCAUGGCCAAGGACACCAAGAAGAACAAAGAUGUGGGUCAGGUGGAAGCGAUUGAUGAAAACAGUCCACAGUCUGCUCCUCCAGCUACCAAUGGUUCUAAUAAUGGGGUUUCUGACAGCUCAGGCAACGGUGCCUCUAAAGCUCCCAGGUCUUCUCCCGACAAGCCCGCCGAAGUCUCGGGCCCGCCGCCUGUCGUUAAUGGACUGCCCUAACCAGACCAGGGCUUAGAAACUGGUUUCAAAUAUUUGGAUGUCUUUGGUGACACUUGAUUGAAUCUCCACGUCUCUGGAGAAGCAUCAAACGUUUUUCUUAACAUUUAAACACAAGCACUGUUCUUUUUCUACGUAACAAAUAUUUGAAACCUGCUCUGCAGCACAAAUUUUACAGUCUUGAAACUUUAUCUCCUAUAUACAUGUUUAUCUGUUCAACUAUUCAUUUGACUUUUUUUCCUCUCACUAUAGUUCUUCCGGUAUAAUCUUGCCAAAGAUAGUCAGACUUACAUACAUGUACACAAACUACUUUUGGGUCCGCUCUUCAUUGAGAGCUCAACGAGAGGUUGGGCUGAAUGACAGUAUUUGUAAAAAUGCAGACGGGGGCUUCAUUCAAACAUACUGUGGUAUUAAUGCAGUAGUUGUUUUUAUAUGGUUCAGAAUAUCAUGGCAGGUUUCCAGAAUGAUGUCUGCCUUUUAUCAGGUAGACUCAGCAAAAAUGCUUCCAAACUUUUUAUUUUGUCUCCCGAUUUGUUUCAUGCAUCGGAGAUCGUUUGAAAAGUCAUUGUUCUGCAUGAACUGCACCACGGUGCAGAUACAGAUAAGUUAGUUGGAAACAUACAUUGUGCCUUGAGAGUAGAUUGAACAUGUUGCUGCCUGGCUCUGCACUCCAUCUGAAAUCCUUUAACAUAUUUCUGGGUGACUCGUUGACCUUCUGCCAGUCAGCCCCGAUAAAGUGUCUUCAUGUGCUAAAUGUUCUCUUACAGUGCUGCAGGCAGGGGAACGCAAACACUCAGAAUGCUCUAAAGGCUUUUAAGAGCCAUCUUCUAAAAUUCAGGUGCGUCUGCUCUUAAUGUUGGGGGGGUUCAAAUAUCCUUUAUACAUAUAUAUAUAUAUAUAAAGCUGUUAAAGGGUUUGACAUUAGCUGCUUCCUGUUUUUUAAUAUGCAACCACUUCGAUCAUAGGAAACGUUAUUACAGUGUGGCUGGAAAAGAAAUGAGAAGAGUUGUUUUGUUUGCACUGAAGCGUAACCUUUUUCUGUUCAAGCUGAUUGUAGUUGAGUCUGAAAACUGGCCUGUUGUGGUUUAGUGCUGGGCAGGUGUGUAGCCAUCAGUGCUGGGUCUUAAACAUCUCAUUACUGAACGGUGGGGAACAUUGAGCUGAGAACUUUUUCAGAUAUUCAAUUAAAUAACUUGGGGCACCUUUGCUCAGUCUUUUGGAUUAAUAUACUUCUAAGUGUCCCAAGCAGCAAAAAUCCUGUAAAGAACUGGACUUCCUGGUGUUGAGAUGUUUCAGAAAAGCAGGCCCAGGAAAUGAUGUCAUUUUCAUGGUUCUUCCACACUGGCUAGCUGGAAACUGGUCAUGACUGUUCUUUUAAGGAAGGAGAUUUAUUUGGAUUAUUUAUUU